CAGCAACGCUUUCGCCUCGCGCACUCGUCGAUUCCAAUCCAGACUCUCAUCGCCAUGCUCUUUCACAAGAUGUUCUCACCCAUCCUGCUCGUCCUGGCUCUCGUCGCGACGCUCGCGCAAGGCGCCACGGUCAAAGAGCGCGCUUCUGAUCAAUGCCAAGCAGUGGGAACUGCCCACUCCUUCAGCACCACCACCGGAGAUCUGCCCACGAUCCACCCUCUAACCGUUCAAAUCCUUCGCGACGGGCAGGAAAUUGCGAGCGUUGACAAUGUGCAGUGCAACAAUGGAGUGGAUCCACCUACUGUGACCGUGAUCGAUUCUUCGCUCCCAGCGCCCUUUGGCUGGUCAGCUACGUGCGGCACGGCAAGCAUCGAGGAGUGUCACGGAGCGUACGGGCGCAACAGAGACAUCAAAGGAGAGGCCCCAACGUCGAGACCCUUCGUCCAAGGCCCGCUGCCAAACAUCCUCUGGACUUGCAAGAUCAACUUUGAUUGCAUCUUGCUUUGA